AUGUCUGAGACACAACGCACUGUUGCUAAACGUGCAACUCGAAUUUCCCUUUCUUGUACUCCCUGCCGCUACAAACAUGUUCGCUGUGAUGGUCAGAAGCCAGCAUGCGCACGCUGUGUUGCCGACGCGAAGGAGUGCGUGUACCCUGCGUCUCGGCGGCGUGGCAAUCCGAAGCAGAAGCCCCAAUCAAAUCCCACUCCGGUUGUCUACGAGAGCUCUCUAGAUUUGUUACUGGAACAACAUGUCUCCUCUGCUACAUCGACUUCUUCCAUUGCCACGAAUCGGGAGACAGAGUUGGCAAGUCAAAGCUCUCAGCUUAUGGGCUUAUAUUACGACUUUUUUCAUGCCGCACACCCUUGCACACUGCCAUUGGCGGCUUUGAAAAACCGACUCUCUGAUCCCAGGGUGCAGCCUCUCCUUCAGGUCAUUUGCUAUGUGGGCUCUAUUUUUGACAAGUCUACUUCAUCAUCAGAGAUAUGGAGUCAGCGUGCCUAUCAUGCAAUCUCGCAAAUCCGCGCCAAGUCGGACCCAGACCCAUUCGACGUGCAAGCACUUCUGCUUUAUUCAAUUGCAAUAUAUUGGUGUAACGAGCCCGAAAAAGGCGUGGCGUUGCUAUAUGAGACCAUUCGAAUUGCAGUGACGCUCGGAAUGAACACGAGAGCCUUCGCCAAAUCUUACGGGGAAGGAAGUCCCGUCGUCGAAGAAAGCUGGCGCCGAACUUGGUGGGUCAUAUACAUCACCGAUGCUCAUAUUGCCGGAUCUACACACACUUACCCAUUCCGCACAAGUGGCUUGGAAAUGACCACCGACCUUCCUUGUGAGGAGGACCAGUACGAGAAGCAGAAUAUUCCAUUUCCAAGAUCGCUGGAUGACUACGAGAACCGAGAGUUCCUUGGCGAAGAUGAAGCAAAAUUCUCAUCAUACACAGAGCUUAUUGGGUUGACUCUUGGGAUCGACCGGGCGUUAUCACCUGGGAGCACAGAAGAUGACCAACUGUACAAAGCAAUGGCUGCCGGCUCCGACACCAGUGUUCGGGGAUGGUUCUCUUUACUUUCUCCGGAGAAGAGGGACCUCAUCGGACCCGACGGUUCUUUUGAUGAGGUCAUGUUCAAAGCUCUGUUUAUAAUGCACACUUACGCUGUUGAGAUUCACCGUCCUCUCUCAGCAUUGACUCACAGCGCCAUUGAGUCUGUCUCUCGAUGUGCUCCGCUGGCUCCUUCGGAGCGACUGCAAUGCAAUAACGCGCAAGAACGCGGUUUACACACCCUCAAGUGCACUACCGGAAUAAACGGCAUUGAUGAGCUGCUCAAUCUUCCGAGCAAUAUGAGUAGCCAUACCCCCUUCAUCAUUUGCAUGAUUGCCAACGUGACCAUCGCACAUCUGAGUGCCUGUCGAUUUCUUUACUCCGGCGAAAGAUUGACCAGGAGUCGCGAAAAGAUUCGCCUGACGAUGGGUACUUUGAAGCGACUCAGCGAGCAUUGGACCCUCGGCAAGCGAACCUAUCGUGAGAUAGGGAUUAUUGCCCGAGAAAUAUUGUCACUUUCGAAAGAUGUGCCUGCUGCGGGACACACCAAUGUCACUCUGCCCAGCACAUCGUCACAUGAUAUCACUGCGUUGAAUGUGUUGCCCGAUGCGGAAUUCGAUUUCUGUGCACUGUUUGACGCAGAUAUCCCCAGCUUGAGUGGGCUGAACUCCCAUGUCCCGGGGUUUGUCGAUCAGCAAUAUAGUACAUAA